AUGAUAGUUUCCAUUGUUGUCUCCCUUUUAAAACGUCCGAGAACUCCUCCAAAUGCUCUAGGUAUGGUUGAUUAUCAAGCUGCUGACUCUGAACAAAUUAUGAAGCGUUUGCGCUCUGCUGCACAACCUGUUGAGGAGGUGACCUUUCCAGCACCACUUUCGCAGGCAUCUUGGUCGUUGGAAGACCUACCGAGGACGGUAGCUCGGACUCUUAAUCAGGGGAGCAGUGUAACAAGCAUGGAUUUCCAUCCUUCACAUCAAACACUCCUUCUCGUUGGUUCCAACAAUGGGGAAAUUACACUUUGGGAGGUUGCUUCUCGUGAGAGAUUGUUAUCAAGGCCAUUCAAGAUAUGGGAAAUGACAACAUGCUCCUUGCCUCCGCAGGCCGCUGUAGUCAAAGAUACUUCAAUAUCCAUUAAUCGAGUAACUUGGAGUCCAGAUGGAUGUUUCAUGGGGGUUGCAUUUACAAAACACUUGGUUCACCUGUAUGCUUAUCAUGGUCCAAGUGAUCUGCGCCAGCAUCUAGAGAUUGAGGCUCAUGUUGGUGGAGUCAAUGACUUGGCAUUUUCUCAUCCAAACAAACAACUUUGUGUAGUGACCUGCGGUGAUGACAAGUUGAUAAAGGUCUGGGAUUUAAAUGGUCGAAAGCUUUAUACCUUUGAAGGACACGAGGCUCCUGUGUACUCUGUUUGUCCUCAUCAUAAAGAGAACAUUCAGUUCAUUUUUUCGACUGCUUUUGAUGGGAAAAUUAAGGCUUGGCUAUAUGACAACAAUGGGUCCAGAGUGGACUAUGAUGCUCCCGGACAUUGUUGCACAACUAUGUUGUAUAGUGCUGAUGGAAGCAGGUUAUUUUCCUGUGGAACAAACAAAGAUGGAGAGUCUUUUUUGGUGGAAUGGAAUGAAAGUGAAGGAGCAAUCAAACGGUCAUACGUGGGGUUUAGAAAGAAGUCAGCAAGUGUGGUGCAAUUUGACACAACACAGAAUCACUUUCUGGCUGUAGGUGAGGACAACCAGAUAAAAUUUUGGGAUAUGGACAGUACAAAUAUUGUAGCGACUGUAGAUGCUGAAGGUGGUCUCCCGAGUCUCCCUCGCUUGAGAUUCAACAAAGAAGGAAAUCUUCUUGCUGUGACUACGGCAGACAAUGGAUUCAAAAUUCUCGCCAAUGCUGAUGGUUUGAGGUCUUUGAGAGCCAUGGAAAGUCGAUCAUUUGAAGCACAAAGGGUGUCCAUUGAAUCAGCUGCACCCAAGGUGUCUGGUGCAUCUAUGGUUUCUACCAUCACUCCAGCUGUGAGCCGAGUUGAUCGCUUGGAUAGAAGCUCCCCGGUGCGACCCAUUGCUUUGAUGAAUGGAGUUGAUCCAUCUGCAAGAAGUACAGAUAAGCCGAGGGUGUUGGAUGAUAUUCCUGAGAAAGCCAAACCCUGGGAGUUAACUGAAAUUUUGGAUCCAAUUCUAUGUCGAGUUGUAACCAUGCCAGACAGCACGGAUCCUGCAGGAAAGGUUUCACGACUUCUCUACACGAACUCCGGAGUGGGCUUAUUAGCACUUGGGUCAAACGCAAUUCAGAAAUUAUGGAAGUGGAGCCGAAGUGAGCAGAACCCAACAGGAAAGGCCACCGCCAGUGUUGUUCCACAGCACUGGCAGCCGAACAGUGGUCUUCUUAUGAAAAAUGAUGUGUUAGAUGUUAACCCUGAAGAGGCAGUCCCAUGCAUAGCCCUCUCCAAGAAUGAUUCGUAUGUGAUGUCAGCAUCAGGUGGAAAGGUCUCAUUGUUUAACAUGAUGACAUUCAAGGUGAUGACAACAUUCAUGGCUCCUCCCCCUGCUUCAACUUUCUUAGCAUUUCAUCCCCAAGAUAAUAACAUCAUUGCCAUUGGAAUGGAGGAUUCGACCAUCCAUAUUUAUAAUGUCAGGACAGAUGAGGUGAAAACGAAAUUAAAAGGUCACCAGAAGCGAAUAACUGGUCUUGCUUUUUCCCACAGCCUUAACAUCCUAGUCUCCUCAGGUGCUGAUGCACAGAUUUGCGUGUGGAAUACAGAUCAUUGGGACAAAAGGAAAUCAAUCACAAUCCAGAUGCCAACAGGGAAGGCACCUUCUGGAGACACUCGUGUUCAAUUCCACUCUGACCAAAUCCGCUUGUUGGUCUUUCAUGAGACACAGCUUGCUAUUUAUGAUGCAUUGAAGCUGGAGCGUGUUCGCCAGGCUUUAGAUGUAUUGCAUGCUAUGUUACUGACUGGAGUCCCUUCAAUUGUGUACCCACUUGUUGUUGCUGCUCAUCCACAUGAGUCCAAUCAGUUUGCCGUUGGGUUGACCGAUGGGGCAGUGAAAGUCAUUGAGCCAGCUGAAACUGAGGGCAAGUGGGGAAUGAUGGUUCCCAUUGAAAAUGGGGUACUCAAUAGCCGGAUUGGUGGUUCAUCCUCCUCUACUGCAGCUGCUAACCCAAGUACAGAGCAGGUCCCUAGAUGAUGCUCAUGGUGAGCAGGUAACUGUUCAUGAUGAGCCCAUAACUGUUCCAUUUUCUUUCUCUGUAUCAUGAUAUGUAAAAUAGUUUACUUUGCCUCCCAUGUUGCCGAGGUAAUUUGGAAUGGCAUAAGGCAGGUCUGCAAAUCAAUUAGUCCAGGGAUUGCUUCGAAUUGUUAAUUUUUACAUGGAAAGGUUGAAAUUUAUCAGUUUUUUCAAGAAAUAUUACUUCGAAUCAAUUGCACUACUGUUGACAACCGGAACCUCAUCAUGUACAGUGUUUCUAUACUCUUGUGAUCAACAGUUGAACACAAUUUUGAUUUUAACAAUGUACUGGUUGCACCUAAUUAAGGGAUAGGUUAUGUCAUAUGCAAGUUUUAUUUGAACAAA